GAUGCUAAUGAUGAUAUUGAAACAUGUAACCUAAAUAUAAAUAGAGUACAAGAGAAUACACAAAAUCAAACUGAAACAGCAGCUAGCUAUGCCCACUGACGAUAAUGAUGCGGAGACGAAGGCGGCCACAGGGACGGAACUGGUCAGUUGCCCCACGGCAAGAACGCGGCAGCUGUCAGAUGUUUCGGAUGAGAUUAUGAUGGAAAUCUUGCUGAGGUUUCCGGUAAGGACGCUUGCUUCCUUAAGGAGCGUGUGCACUUCAUGGAGAAACCUAAUUUCCUCCCCUCCUUUCACCUGUAACCACCUUCGUCGUUCAUGCUUACUUGAUCCAACUUUGACUACGCUACGAAUUGCUUAUUGCACUUGGGCCUACAGAAAUGACGUCAGAUGCGGCACUAUCGGACUUCUCUCCGUACACUCAAUCUUGGACAAUCCUUCCGAACCUACUCAAGUCGAUUGCUUCAGGGAACAACGCUACUACGGAAUCAUUGGUUCUUGCAACGGAUUGUUAUGCUUGGUUGAUGAACAUGCCUUCAAAUACAUGCAUGCCAUCUUGUGGAACCCCUGUACCGGAUUCACAUUUGAAUCUCCGGAAAUCAGCGGCGAAGUCCGCUUUUGUGGCUUUGGUUACGAUCAUCUCAGUGACAGUUACAAAAUUUUUGCAACUAUAAGGACGGAAGGGCCAUCUGAUUUUGAGUUUAGUACCAGAAUUUAUACAUUUGGGCCAACUUCGUCUUGGAGAAAAAUUGAUGAUAUCCCAGUAGCCCUAUUUGGUGUCCCAAUUGACAACCCUAGUUGGGCUGUUAAUAGGGAAGGGGAAUUUUUUGGUAGUAGCAUAUUAUGCACUCUUAAUUGGUGUGUUAAUCACGUCGUUCUUUAUUUUGACUUGGGUAAAGAGACUUAUGGUCAUUUUCCUCUGCCUGAUAGUGAUAUAAACUUAGAUCGUCAUUAUUUUCCAAGGCUGUGCACUCACUUAUGUGUCUUGAGAAACUGCCUUUCUGUUUGCUACGGGGAUAAGAGUACAUACGGGUGCUUUUUAUACGAUUGGAAUGUGUGGCAGAUGAAGGAAUACGGAGAUGCUCAAUCUUGGACUAAAUUGGCAGUGAUUCCGGUCUAUGAAAAUUUCACUUAUUCAGAUCCUUGUCGUUGUUUUCAACCUCUUUACAUAUCGGAAAGUGAUGUUCUUUUGGCAUUUUGUCCAUUUUUCGGCAUAGUUUUGUGUAACUUAAAUGAUGGGAGCGUAGAUUUUCCUGAGAUUGACAACUCUGGCAUGGGGAACCAUCCUGCUUUUUCUCAAUGUGUCGGGUAUAGGAUGGCUUGUAUCUACCAUGACAGCUUAGUUUCACCAAAUGGUCUUCGAAGCAACUCAUCCAAAAUGCUGCUGCGCUUCAUCAAACCCAAACUCAAGCUUAUUGACUCUUAAAGCCUGUUUGUGCCUUCUCUUGGUGAUGAGAUCUUCUGGGACUUGUCUUUGGCUGGUUCUCCUAACUAACUCUUGGGUCAAGUUGGUAAAAAUCAUUGAUUCAUAUAUAGUUGGUAAUGUUAUGCUCAUGCUUUCAAGAUUCUUAGGCUAUAGAAACAAAAAUACCACAUUAUGUUAAAUUGUUUAUCAUUGAUUGUAUUCAUCCUUUUAAAUUUAUCUAUUAUUUUCCAUUCAUGUCCCGCCAACACUUAUUAAGUCCGCUUAUUAGUUGU